AUGGCCUCUUCUGGAUUUGGAAAUAAUCGCCUGGCGACUGGAUUCCAUAAAACUCGUGCCAUUUUAGCCGAACAAACCGCGGCGACCUCCACAACUUCCCAACAAGCUCCUCAGAGUGUUGCCUCUAGUCCGGGUAACUCAGCUGAUGAUGCGAUUGAGAUUUCUGAUGAUGAAGAUUCGAGUUCAGAGAGUGGAGGCAUGCUUCUGAAUGUUGGAAACGCCACGAACCUCCACCCGCAUGAUCUCAUGGCUGUUGACGACGAAAGUGAGAUGGAGGAAGGCGAAACCAGAGAUGAUGAGGGACUCGAACCACGCAACUCAGAGACUAAGGGAAGUGUGCUUCCAGAGUCCAUGUUGAUUCAGAGCGCCUCGCAAACAGGAUCUCUUCAGAGUGACCUCCGCGGCCACAAUCAACGGACCGAUACAAGCGAUCCGCAUGGCCGACUUCGAUUAGCGGAUCUUAGCCAACCAGAGUUAGAAUUGCAAUUCAGGUAUAUCUUUUCUCAUCUCGAGAGAGAACAGGUUGACCUCGACCGCUCUGCAGUCUGUCUCGGAUGCUUGCAGGAAGGUCAUACGCAAGCAUCAUGUCCGGAAAGAGCAUGCUAUCAUUGUGGCAUUGUUAGCAAGCACCCUGCUCGUCUCUGCCCAUUAGUCAGCCGAUGUACACUGUGUCGCGAGCGAGGCCAUACUUCCGAUCACUGCCUUACAGGAAUCAAAGUCACUACUGUUCCCUGUGAUCUUUGCGGUAUUCUGGGGCACAUCGAAGACUCAUGUCCUGAACGGUUUUUCCCUCCUUUUUAUCAAGCCGCUUCCAGCCCAGCUAGAGUAUGGGUCUCCUGCUGUCACUGCGCAAGCAAAUCUCAUUAUGUCGGAGAUUGCCCAGAACUGGACCAAAACUUUGCUCCGAGAUGGUCGAUGAAGUCUGUUGACUAUACUCAGAUCAUUAAUCUCAGCCUCGAAUCAAAUAUGAGGAGAUUGGAGAGGGAGGCUGAAAGUCGCGGCUUACGACCAAAGGGCCUCUCGAUUAAGGGAAGAGCAGGCAUGCACCACGCCGGCAAAUCUGGAACAGUUAGCGACGACAGCAGCGAGAACGAUUUCAUAAGACCAAGGAUUGAGACUAGUGUGCGCACUCAUUCUGCACGACAUAAUUUCAGUUUUCGGGCCCCAGAACGUUUUCCACCACGUCCAAAUUGGCCUGAGGAUACGAAUUUCGAUCGAUACAAUCCGUCAACUCACCGAAAUCAGCGCCUUCGCAACGAUUGGUACUCAACAGACUCAUUCGGUCAGCGAAAAUCGAGAUCACCUUCUCCAGGGCUGCUGCGGUCCCGGAGAGGUGACCUUGAUGAUACUGGAACCUUUAGAUGCCGCUCACGAUCUCCUUAUGAAUUCGAUCGCUCUAGAGCUGAUCACAUACGCGCUCGCAGCCCCCGCGUGCGUGCUCCUUCAGCCAACAACAUCCUAAAUCGUAGAGAUAACUCGAAGCACUCCACUCAGCAGCCGUUAGAGAAUCGCCCCAAGGAUGAUAUUGCUAUCAAUUUGCCAGUGAGAAAGGGCUCGACCAAUGCGAACGGGAAUGAGACACAGAAAUCUGGCAAUAAUCGGGGUUUUGACGGUGGCCAACAAUCUCGGCAAGGCGGCAGCAUGUCGAGAGGUGCACCCCUGCCCACAUCGAUGAAGAAGAAGUCAAAGCAGACCAAGGCAACCGCUAGAUCUAAUCAAGCGUGA